AUGGUUCCUUCGGCGAAUCUGCUCGGCUUUGCGGGAGGAGAACUUGCAAAGAAGCUUCCCAAGGUACUUGGCGUUCUUCUGGAAACAACGCUAAGCUCUGUGGUGGAGCUAGUUCUCUUCGUGGUUCUGAUACAUAAUGAUAGGAAUGGCGAUCUCAUUCCGGUCAUUCAGGCUGCGAUCCUUGGCUCUGUGUUGGCAAAUCUGUUACUCUGCUUAGGGCUUUGUUUCUUUUUUGGUGGCAUUAGGAGGGAGGAGCAGUCGUUUCAUGAAGCCGUGAGCGAAGUAGGUUCCGGACUGUUGCUGGUUGCAGGCUUCGGCCUUUUGAUUCCCAGUGCCUUCUACUCGGCCCUGAGUAGCAGUUCAAAGCAUGCACAGCUUACUCCGGAAAGACUGGAUCAAUCUACUUUGAUCAUUAGUCGAGCCACUGCAGUGAUUCUUUUGGUCGCGUUCAUGAUGUACCUAUUCUAUAAUCUCCACAGUCAUCAUAGUAUCUUCGACGAAGUUCUCGAAUAUGAUGAGCAUCAAGAUGAGGACAGAGAGAAAGAGUUGAAACGUGCAAAGCUCACCCUAGUCGAAUGCUUCAUCGCUAUUGCAACAUCCCUCGCCUGUGUUUGUAUGUCAGCAGUCUUCUUGGUAGAAGAAAUUGAGCAUAUUGUCGAGAGGGGUGUGUCAGACAAUUUCGUCGGUCUCAUUCUUGUGCCUUUAGUCGAAAAGGCGGCCGAGCAUCUAACUGCUAUUGACGAAGCUUGGGACAACCAAAUUAACUUCGCCCUCUUUCACUGCCUUGGCCCAUCCAUUCAAACGGCGUUGCUAAAUGCGCCUCUGGCAGUGAUCGUUGGGUGGGGUCUAGGGAAAGACUUGGGCUUGAAUUUUGAAAUCUUUAUGAUUGUUUUGGUGGUGCUGGCCAUCCUAGUUGUCGGUAACUUUCUCCGCGACGGGAAAUCCAAUUACCUCGAAGGGGGACUGUGCGUCUUAGUGUACGUGAUCAUAGCCGUGAGCACAUGGUACUAUCCCCAAAUUGAGUCGCAAACCGAUUCAAUGGAGCCAGCACACAUCAUUUUCGAUACAUUCAAGGAGCGCAAUAUCACGGUCGAUCGUAAGAAGGUCCUAUCAGCCUUCGAAAAUGCAGAAAGCGCUUCAGCUUAUGCGGAUUGGGUGACGGAACAUGUCACCAACGAUCUGCUAUUGUCGCAAGAAGAAUUGACAUUAUACUCUGCCCUCGAGAUUUCGGGUGCCCUGGACGAGCUGAUCAGCAGUCGAAGUACGCGCGCGACUCGGCCAUUCCUUGAAGGAGAACUUGAGCAAGCAAUCAUUUCGCUCAAUGCUUCCACGGUCGCUAUACGACGUCAGACAGCCAUGAACUCUUCACAAUAUCAACUCAUGAACAGUCAGCUGCAUCGAAAGGAAGAACGGGAGUCUAGGGUCGAUAUAGUUACAGAGAGGUUUCGUUCGUUGAUUGUAUCAGAGAGGCAGACUGCUGCAGCGGUAUCUAAUGAAAUAUCUCGAGAAUUGGAAGUUGACAUCAAGCACGAGCAAGAGAGAGUAGCGGCGGAGGGGAGAAAAUCACUCUCUUCUUUGACAACUCGACUGAAAUACGACGAUAAAGAGCUCGUACACCUUAAGAGAGUUGCUUAUGGAGUUAAACAUCUCGAACACCAUGCUUCCGUCGCCAGGCGUGCUAUAGAUUUGGGUAUGAAUCAUGCUCAGUAUGUCGCUGGAGAGGUACAGCAUCGGCUAGAUCGCUUGUAUUUGAACAAUAUACAGAUAGACUAUGCGACCAUGUCCACCGAGACGACACGGACUGAAUCUGAGAUUCUGAGUGCCCUGGAAGAAGAACUGGAGUCACUACAUCCGGAAAUUAACAUCCUCGCUGAAAUGUCUACAAAACAGCAACUCAUUGAGCCCAUACUUCGCGAAAUCCAAAUACACCAUGGCGCUCUCCGAGCUGCUUUUGCUCAAAGGUUGCACCAUCUUGGAGACAUAGUCUCGCUGAUGGCAUCCGCAACGAGAGAUUUCACGAAGGGUUUGCAGGAGCAAGAUUCUAUAUAUAACACUGAAGUGGCCAAUCUGAUGCCGGCCUCGUCUGCUACAACCAUGCAAAGGGACUCGGGGACGCAAGCCAAACAGGCAGCAUCUUCGCAAAUUUCUAAAAAUUUUACUGCUCUACUCGAGUUCCAAGCUGUCGCAGAACUCGCACGCAAAGUAGGCAUAACCCUGGAGCAUCUGUCAUUUGAAGGAACAUUUGAACCUCUAGAGUAUUUAGAAAAAAAGAGGCACGACCAGCUAGAGUCUUCGCAAGGUCACGGCCUGAUUGCAGAUGCGCCGUUGAAUACUGCUUUGUUUCCCACAGAUUGGGCCAUUCAGUCUCUUCUGCCACGCUUACAAACCGAGUCGGAGUCCGAAGCCUCACUCUCAAAUAUAGGCCACAGGAUCAGGCUCACUGAACUCGAGUCUGACUUACAUUGUUUUCAGGAUAGGGUGCGAAGACUGAAACCUGAUUUGCUUCAUAGAAAUGAUCCAUGCUCGGACAAUUUCAUGAGAAAAUGGGACGGGCGAACAUUUGACAUCUGA